AAAAACAAACAAACCGAGGAGUGGGAAGUCUCGCGAUAAGUGGCGCUCUGGCGGCGACCGCGGUUUGAGUGGGAGCGGCGGGGCGCACGGAAGCCCCGCCCCUCCUGCCUGUGGGGCUGGCUGGCGUCACGGUAUGAGCGGCUCCCGCGGCCGCUGACCCCGAUCACGGCUCGGCCUGGCCCAGGCUUUGCUGGCGCCACCAGGCAUGAAAAUGAGUUGCACAAUUGAGAAAGCCCUAGCUGAUGCCAAAGCACUAGUGGAGCGGUUAAGGGAGCAUGAUGAUGCAGCAGAAACUCUUAUUGAACAAACUACUGCUCUCAACAAGCGGGUAGAAGCAAUGAAACAGUAUCAAGAAGAAAUUCAAGAGCUUAAUGAGGUAGCAAGACAUCGGCCUCGGUCUACAUUAGUGAUGGGUAUCCAGCAGGAAAACAGACAAAUAAGGGAAUUGCAGCAGGAAAAUAAAGAACUACGUACAUCUCUUGAAGAGCAUCAGUCUGCUUUAGAACUUAUAAUGAGCAAGUAUAGAGAGCAGAUGUUUAGGUUGCUCAUGGCCAGCAAAAAGGAUGACCCAAGUGUAAUCAUGAAGUUAAAAGAGCAACAUUCCAAGGAGCUACAAGUGCAUGUGGACCAAAUUACAGAAAUGGCAGCAGUAAUGAGAAAAGCCAUUGAAAUUGAUGAACAGCAGGCUUGUAAAGAGCAGGAACGUAUUGUUCAGCUUGAACAUGAAAAUAAAGGCUUGAGAGAGAUCCUUCAGAUAACCAGAGAGUCCUUUCUGAAUAUGAACAAAGACGAUGCAUCUGAAAGUACAUCUUUGUCAGCAUUAGUAACGAGUAGUGAUCUGAGCCUAAGGAAGAGCUGAAGAUGCUGUCAAGUCAAAAAAGCUUUAAUUGCACACUUUACAAAUCAGGGGUCACUUGUCAAGCACUUGUUACUGAAUAGGGCACCAAUUUCUAUUUGUUUGGUUUUUUUUAUACUGUGUGAAGUACUGGUAUCUUAAAUCAGUAGCACCAGAGUAGUUUUUCAUGAACCUAAUUCUGAUGAGAAAUUGGCUAAUGCAGUUACUGAGAUUUGAAAUUACUUUGCAAUAAGUACUUGGAGGACAAGCUCUAAAUUCAUAUUUAAUUUAAAUUUACUGCUUAUGAAAAGAUGUAUCUGUCUAAAUAAGGUAAGAUUUCAUGAGUCUUGACUAAGAGUUACUAAAAUAACUAGUAGCCCUUUUGAGUUGUUCUCAGUAUUUUUAGUGAAGUAAAUAUUUUCAGAUCUGCCUUUCACAAUAGAUUGAUAAUGGAAAGGACACAAUCUAAACCCCAGGUGAAACCAGUGGAAGUGCUUCUUUUGGCAGCUGAGAAAUCCGUAUUAAAAAUCUAAUCCCUUGCACCUUUUAUGAGUUAGAAAAUAUUUAACCUAAAAUGAUACAGGUUAGUACCACUGGGAACAAAAAAAUAUCAGUAGCAUGCCUACUUGUACUUUGAGAUUUUAAAUUUAUAAUUUUGCUUGUAGCUGCAGUAUGUUCUGCUUUCAUAAGAGCAGUUCUUUUUGGAUACCCAUGCAGUAUCUAAGGAAUUCUAUUCAAAUAAACUUUUUGCAGUAACUAGAUGCAAUUUUAAACUUUUUUUAGUAACAUUGAGAGCACAGCACCUUAUUCUGUGUUAGUAAUUCACCUUUUGAGUAGGGGGGAAAGGAUUCAGUCUUUCCAAACUGUAAAGAACUAGCACACUUUUCCAUUCUGUGAUUGGAUAUUUAUCCAUUGUUAUUCAGGAAGAUGCAGUUUAGACACACAAGCUGAAGAUGGCAGGCAUGUAGCUUGUGGGGAAAAAACUACUGUUGAGAAAAUUGACCUCCUACACUACUAUUAUCUGCAUUUUUAAAUUUCUGGUAUUCACAAAAGAGGGAGAUUAUCUAAGUUACUUUAAAAACUAAAGUUUCCAGGUACAAAUCCAUUUUUAGGGAAAAGUGUCCUUCUUACUGAGAAUUUCACUAAAUGGCAUCAACAACAGGGGAUGCUUGCUUUGUGUGUGUUAGGAUUAAAGUGGUACCUCCUGAUGCUAAUUGUUAGCAUCAGUGUGGGAGAAGAGCUAUGGGUGUUGGGACACCUGUAUGUGAAGUUAACUACCUACCUUGCUUUUGCCCUUUUCAAACAUUUGUCUUACUCUUAUAGGGAAGUGUUUAAAAAAAAAAAAGAGAGAGAGAGAAAUGUCCUUUUAGACUUCUUGUGCAUGGCUUCCCUGGCUAUAAACACAUUCACAAGAGAUUUCACCAAAAUGACUGUGUGUGUAAACCGUAUCUAAGUUUGAAUAUUUUGACUACUCAGACCUCACUUAGUAAAAGUAUUUUUAAUUCAGCUAGACUGCUACUCAAGCUCAGUUUAGUAAAUUGGAUUUCAAUUGAACGAAUGCAAUACCCUUUAAAUGUCAAGCAAUCUAUUUUUUUUUUAACAUUUUUUCAAUAAUGCAAUGACCUUCUAGCCCAUGUAGGUAAAUAUUUAGCAUAGUACAAAUGUUUCAGACCUGAAUUAUCCAUGCCUACUAACUUGAUUUAUAAAUAAUUCAACAUGUAUUACACUGGUGCUGUUAACUCUUCCUAUAACUUUGAAGGUUAAAAAUGAGCAAGAUGGGGAAAGAGAUGGUUAUUACAGCUGUUGAUUUAUUUAUUUUUCAUUAUUAUUAUUUUUUCCUGUCAGAAUUUGAUAACUCGAUUGGUGAAUAUAAUAAACUUGUAAACUAGUUGUUCCACUGACUGUUCAACUAAUAGGAGAGAGUGCCUUUUAAUAGCUAAUUUGCAAUAACCAUGUAUGAAACUCCAAACUUCCGCAAGAGUUUCUCUCACAUUUAAAAAAAGACCAACCAAAACCCUAUAACAAUAGGAAAGACCACUGGCUCUCAUUUUAGAGUGUUUAGUGAGGUGGCAUCCUUGCUCAUUUCUGGGUUUAGUAAUAUAGGUAGGAAAAACUAGACAUUAUAGGAUGUCUGUCUGAUGACUUCAAAGCUGGUUGUUACGACAGUUCUCCGAGGGAAAAUUUAUGCAAGUGUACUAGCUCAAGCGUAAAGUCUGCUUGGCCACUACUACAAUCUCAAAUGCCGCAUGCAUGCUAUACAUGAAUUCAGUUUUGCACCUCAGAUGCAAAGUGAUAAAAUAUUCUAAAAACCAAAAGCAAAAUCACAUAAAAUGAACAAGUUUGUUGCUGUUAUCCCUAAAAGGGCUUUUUACUUUGAAACCUGGAGGAUGAGAAUUGUUCAUCAUGCAGUUGACUAGUAUCUGCUGUCACUUAUUUUAUGCAGAAGAGGGAGUUUUGUUUUAUUAUUAUUAUUAUUUUUUUUUUAAAUCCAAUUUCCAGGGUUGCAUAUUAAAAGUCUUAAGUGUGUGGCACUUUUUUCAGGUUGCUCUAUUAUGAAACAAUGCUUGAUUUAGUGUUUUUGUAAAUAGAAAAUGUGAUUUAACUUAUCUGUUUGUCUUCACAUGUUUGAUAUUUUUCCCCUUCCCUUCCCUAAACAAACCUAAUCAUUCUUGGGUUUUAAAGAACUCUCACAUUUGUGGAGUGACUAUUUUUCAUCACAUGCCCAUUAUUUUUGUAAUGCAGAUGCUCAAAAUGAAUUUAUGGCUAGAAUUGUGUACUGUACAGUAAACUUAUUUUAUCAAUAAAGUUGACUGAAAACUU